AUGCAAGAUAUUGAUAUUGGAACGGAUUUUAGUCCUUAUGAACCUUAUACUCAUCGUUUACGUAAAAUUCUUGAGGAAGAAUAUCCUGAUGGUUCACAAGUUAUUCGUGAAAUUCUUCAGAAUUCUGAUGAUGCCGGGAGCACUGAGCAAACCUUCAUUUUGGAUCAUAAUACUUAUCCAUCGAACAGCUUGUUUAAAGCUACCUUUAAAAAUUAUCAACGACCAAAUUUGAAACUUGAUAGACAUCAAGGUCCAGCAUUGUUGGCAAAAAAUACCACUACCUUUGGAGAUAGGGAUUUUCAAUCUUUGUUGAAAUUGGCCGAUAGUGAAAAACGCGAUCAAUAUGAUAAAAUUGGAGUGAUGGGUGUCGGUUUCAAUUCAAUUUAUCAUAUUACUGAUUCCCCUUCUUUCAUCACUGGUGAUAAAUACAUUAUUCUUGAUCCACAUAAAUGGUGUUUUAAUGGUGGCAUCAAAUUCGAAUUUAUCGCAAAUAAAUUGUCAGACAAAUAUCCUGAUCAAUUUGCCCCUUUUAAUAUCCCAUGUGAUAAACCAUUUGACGGCACCAUAUUUCGUUAUCCUCUCCGUACUAAAGAGGAUUCUGCGGAUUCGGAAAUUUCUGACAAAAUUUAUCAACCUGAAGAAAUCUUGGAUAUGUUUCAUAAAUUUUACGAACAUGAAAGCAUUAAUUGCUUACUAUUUUUAAAAUAUAUUGAACGUAUUUCUUUUUACGAAUUAAAAAAGGGCGCCUCUGAACUUGAAUUGCUAUAUACCAUUCAACUGGAAAAUGCUGACAAGAUUCGAAAACAACGUUGUCUGAUUGCGGAAAAGAUUGGACCAAUGAUGGACGAAUUAAGAUUGGGUAAACUUAAAGGCAAAAAUCAAUUAGUUGCAUCUUACGUUGCAUCAUUCUGCCGUCAAAAAAAAACUGAUCCUAAAAAGCAUAGUUCAUGGGAUCACAAGUUUAUCCCUAACGUUGGCUUAGCCAUUCCUUUUAACGAUUUAAAAGAUGAGGGAAAAUUAUUUUGCUUUUUACCCCUUCCCAUCCCUAUGCCCUUUCCUGUUUCCGUUCAUGGAUAUUUCGCGGUUAAUACUAGUCGACGUUCUUUAUGGUCGGUUGCGGAGAAUGAAGAUUUGGCGGUUGGUGCAUUAGCAAGCACGAAAGUGUCAUGGAAUCAAUAUUUAUUUGAAAAGGUAUUACCCAAAGCUUGGGUAAAAUUUCUUUGCGAGAUUUUUCUUAACGUUCCUAAUAUUCAGUCUGAAGAUAUAUCUAAAUUCUGGCCAAUAAUUAAAAGAGGCACAUCAAGUGUCACGUAUACUUUUUGCAAGGAUCUAUUGCAAAAUGUCAUAGAAAAUCUUGGUGUUGAGGAUCAUGUGUUCAAAGGACCUCCUUCCAUUGGAACAUUACCUGAAGUUUUAGCAAAUUCAUAUGAUGCUUCCUCAUUCAAAGGAUCCCAAUUUUAUUGGUUAUCAAUUUCUAAUGGAUAUUUGGAAGAUGAGAAAUCAUAUAAUUCUUUGAUUGAAAUAAUUAGAAAUAUUGGAUUCCCUGUUAUGUCAGCAUCUCCUCUCAUAAUUGAAGCCUUGAAAAAUUCUAAGCAUAAAUACUCGCUUAAAUUUUUUUCUCCCACCAUUAUUCGUAAUUAUUUAAAACAUAAUCGUGAUAGAUGGCAAGAUAAGUUGUCAAGAAGUGACGUUUUACUAUUAUUUGAGUAUGUAUUAAAGGACAAAAAUUUUGAAGAUUUGGAAGGUUUUAAAAUGAUUCCGCUUGCGGAUGGUACGUUUGGUACUUUGCAAUUCGACGAUUCUUGUGUAUAUAUUGUUCCCAAUAGAGACCAUGAGGAUGAUGAACUUAACCUUUUCGAAAAUCAAUUGAACAAAUUUAUUGAUAAAUCGAUUGGUUACGAAUUGUAUAUGAGUUUGUACAGGUAUGCAGAGGCUGGAUGGAAACUCAAUAUUAAGGUCUUGGAUGAAAACGUCGUUGCCAAUAUGAUUAAAACAUCGUUGAAUUUUGCAGAAAAUGCAAAUUCUGAAGAGAUACCAAUGUCAAAUCAUCGUGAAUGGAUUUAUAAAUUAUGGAAUAGCCUGAGAAAUAGAAAUUGGGAUUUGAGAAGAUUUGAGAACGUUCAUUUGAUUCCAACAAGUCGCUCUUUUCUCAGAAAGUUGUGUACUCCUAAAAAAAUUUUUUCCGCUCGAACGACUUUAACUUUUAAUUUUGAAAAGUUUGGUACCGUUUUCAUUGAAGAUGAAUUUGAAGAAAUUGCCGAAUGGAAUAAGUUAUCUCCAUAUAUUAUGAAGCCUAACAAUAUUAUAUCGGUUCUAAAUUCUCUCAAAGUCGAUAAUUCAUUUCCAGAAAAUGUAAAUCACGCGUUACACGUUGACGAUGUAUCGGCGCUCGUUGAAUAUUUAUCAAAUAAUUUACGAUUUGUUAAUAAGAAGGACCUGGUGCAGAAUCUUGUUAAAGUUAUUAAGCAUCUUCCGAUUUUUACCAAAGUUGAUCAUACUUCACCAGUUCCGUUGUCGCCUGGAAAUACCAAUUGGUAUCUUCUUCCUCGUAACGAAGAAAAUUCAUAUGGUAAAAUUAUCUGUCCAAGCAAUAAAGGAGAAUUUCUUAGUACAAGUUCACAAAAUUUACGUUAUAUACUGGAAGAUAUUAUUAAGAUUCCACGAUUAACUUCACAGAUUUAUUGGCAAAAAUAUGUAAUACCGUAUCUCGGGUCACAACCGCGAGAAGUCUUAGACACAGUAAUCGAUAUUCUUUUUGAUAUGUUACCAUCCUUACAUGAUGAUGCAAAUUUAAAAGUUGCUCUUAGAAAAACUUCUUUUGUACCUGUUGGUACACAUCAAAUGUCGCAGCAUCAACAAUUGCCUGCUAUAAUAGAGUUAGAAAAACCAACAGGAUUAUUUGAUCCAGAAGUAAAGGCUGUGGCUUAUCUGUUUUUUGAAGACGAACGAGUCUUUCCUGCUGGCAAAUAUUCGUUUUCUAAAAAGUUCCUAACGGGUUUGAGAUUAUUAGGAUUGAAAACAUCCCUUUCUUCAAAUGAUGUGAUUAAUCGAAUUGAUGCUAUCGUGGAACGAAAAAAAUCUAACGUUCAAGAUGAUUUAAUUUAUUACAAUGCACUUAGACUUUUCGAAUAUAUUGACAAUAAUUGGGAUCAGUUAAAUAACUCAUUAUUGAAUACAAUUUUAAAACAAGAAUGGAUCCCUACGGUUGAUAAAUACGGAAAGAAAUUCUUCUCGAAACCUCAGGAUUGUUAUUGUCAAAAGGAUAAAGAUUUAGUUUGUUUAUUUGCUCCAAUACUUGAAUCUGAGGUUAAGAACAACAAAUUUUUAAAAGAUUUGAAAUGGAACACAUAUCCCGAUUUUGAAAAGGUUAUAAAACAGUAUGAAUUAUGUUACGAUGGGGUAUCAAAAAUGCAACCACCAAAGAAUUUGGAAAAGAUUUGUUACGCGAUUUACAAAUAUAUGAAUGAAAUUUGUCAAGCAAAUAAUAAGAAUUCAAAGGAAGAUUUCAAUAAGAUGAAGAUGUUUUUGGAAAACAAACCGUGGAUUUUGUAUAGAAAGACAUUUUAUUCGGUUGAUCAAGUUGUCUUUCGUCUUCAAAAAGAAUUUCAAGUUGAAAAUUUCUUAAUCGUUGAACUUCCAAUAGGAUAUACAAGUGAAUUCAUGCCUUUGUUUAAAACUAUGGGAGUUCGAGAAGAGGUCGGAAUCAAGGACUUGAUAUUGAUUAUUAAGAAUAUGAGUAUAGAAAAUAUAAACAGGAAAUUAUCAGAAGACGAUAUCUUUCAAAUAUUACAAAUACUUGAACAAAUUUCCAAAAUACAGAGAGGUGCUAGGAGAGGAGGAAAUAAUCCGGAAAACUUGAAUGGAUUAUUAAUUCCAAGUAACAAUAAUGAACUUGUGAACUUGCAUGAAAUUUAUUUUAAUGAAAUGGGAGAUAGAAUUGACGAAAAAAAGAAGAGUGAAUAUAUAAUUACUCAUGACCUUAUAACCCAGGACGUCGCUAAAGAAUUGGAAAUUCAACAUUUAGCAGGAAAAAUCUAUGGUAUAAAUUACGAAGAUAUUAAUUGGGAGCCAUAUGAACAAGGUGAAAAAUUAACUACCAGAAUAAAAAACAUCAUUAAGGAUUAUCAAUUAAGUCGAUUGUUUGCAGAAUUUCUUCAAAAUGCAGAUGAUGCUAAAGCCACACGGUUUUCAGUAAUAGUAGACGAAAGACCAAAGUUUCAACACGAAGCUUCUAAAAAAUCUUUAUUAUCAGACGAAAUGGAUGGUUGGCAAGGUCCUGCAAUAUGGAUAUAUAACGAUGCUGUGUUUUCCGAGGAUGACUUUCAGGCUUUGAUUAAACUUGGAGUUGGAGGAAAAUCUCAAGAUAACACUAAAAUUGGAAGGUUUGGGUUGGGAUUCAAUUGUGCUUUCCAUAUUACAGAUUUACCAAGCCUUGUUAGUGGAAAGCAUAUUGUAUUCCUAGAUCCACAUGCAAAAUUUCUUCCAUCAAUAGGGUACCCUCCCAUAAAACGAAAGGGCUUUCGAAUUAACUUUAUUGAAAAGCUAUUUAAGAGGAGCUUUCCAGAUCAAUGUUAUCCUUACGAGGCGAUAGAGGGUUGCGAUUUCUCAAAAGAAUUCAAAGGAACAUUAUUCAGACUUCCACUUAGAACGGAAAAAAGUGAAAUUUCGAAUCGUAUUAUAGAAAUAAAAGAAAUUUUGCAAUUAUUUGAUAGUGUCCAGGGUAAUAAAGAGAUGAUUUUUUUAAGGAAUAUAGAAUCAUUUAAUCUAUAUAGUAUGAAAGAACAAGAACAAGCUCCUCAACUAAUAUGGCAAGCGCAAAUUAAGAUAAGUAAUAAUCAUCGCGAGAUUCGUAAAAGCGUAACUGAUGAAUUUCAGAUAUAUCAGAUUACGUUAGAUAUUAAGAAAUUUGAUGAAACAGAAAACGAGAAUGUUUUGGAAAUAUGGGCAAUUUGUACAGGAGGACAUGAAAAAAUCAAUUCAGAAUUUGAAAAUUUCUCGAACGAAAAUCAGCUCAAGCCGAGAGGUGGGGUUGCUUUAUUGCUCGCUAGGUCUAAUGAAAAAUCUUGGAAAGAACUAUAUUCUGAAUUGUUUCCAAAUCCUCCCAAUCUCGAAGGCGAAAUCUUUUCAUACUUAUCUCUAUCAAUAGUUACCAAUUUGGGUGUCCAUUUAAAUGGAAAUUUUUCUUUAUCUAGUUCAAGAAGUAAUGUUCUACAGUCCGAGAAAGAUUUCUUGCAAGCUGAUUGUAUUGACGCGAAAUGGAAUCAAUAUAUCCUAAAUGAAGUUUUGCCUGAUUUGCAUGCUAACCUAAUAGGACGUAUUGUGGAGCUUGAGGAAGCUAGACGCAAGAAAUUUAUUACAGAUUUCACGCCAAACACUUUAAAACAUUAUUGGCCAAUUAAGAACAAAUUAACUAUGGGAUUUUAUAAAGAUUACGGAUUAAAAGUUAUUAUAAAGUUAUGUCUUGGUGAGCAUAGAAUUUUCUGGACUGAAGCUGAUGGCGGGAAAUUUGUUUCAUUACAAACAGUUAAAAUUUUUGAGGGAAAAGAACCAAAAAUUGUGGAUGUAUUGACCAAGAUAGGAGUACCAGCAGUGAAACUUGAAGAUGACAAGCUUGAUCUGCUUAAGUCUGCUAGAUCUAAUAAUCUUUUAAAUUACUCACAUGUCAGUGGACAAUUGGUUUGCGUGGAAUUACAAAAGAAAUUUUUACUCUCAAACUCUGAGAAUGCGAACGAUAUUUUUCAGGAUCACGAUUUAUUAUUCAAAUUUCUCGAGUUUAUUUUUAUUCAGGAUAAAUGUUUUGACAAUCUUGACGGAUUGCCAUUAAUUCCGUUGAGUGAUGGUUCUAUUGGAAAAUUUGGUGAAGUUUAUUACAUUGGUAAACCAAAAGUUCAAAAUUUGUUCCCGAAAGUUGGUCCAUCAAGAUUCGUCUCGGAUAAAUUACCAAAAGAACUCGUGAAUAUUAUUAGAUCGAAUCAUUUUCCCAUAUUUAAACAAAUUAAAGAGGUUGACGCCAAUGCCGUUUUGGAUCUUUUGUCGUUAAUGUAUCUAAAUCAAGAGGAUGAAUGGGAUUGGAAUCCUGAUUCCAAUGAAAUACCAAAUGGGACAUGGCUCGGUGAAAUCUGGUUAAAAUUUAAUUCAGCCAAAUAUAUCGACUUUGAAAAGCUUUCGAAAUUUCCCCUUUUACCAAUUAUAAAACCUUACCAAAAGCUCGUUCGACCUGACAGCGAAAACCCACCUUUAUAUAUACCUGAAAAUGGACAUAUUUUAUAUCACGUAUUAGUUAAGCUCAAAUUACGGUUCACUGAUAUGAAUAUUGUUCAUAAAGACCUCUAUAGAUGUGUAUUGCAAUGCACUCCAAUAAAUAUUAUUAAUUCCUUGGGAAUGACGCGCGUUAAACUUAAUUUAACCAUGGACGAAUUAUUCGAAGGUGGUAAUCUUUCACUGAAAGAAUAUAAAAGAUUUAGAACAUUUAUCAACAUGAAUCUUGAAGAGUUAUUAAAAUAUGGCGAAAAACAAAAAAAAUUUAUGAAAAUUCUUCGUUCUUUGCCAAUAUGGCCAGUACAUUCUUGCGACAAGUUUAUCAGUGCCAAAUCAGGAAUUCUCAUUCCCUAUAAUCUUCCAGUCUUUACUUUUCAACAAGAUAUUGAUUUCUACGAGUGUGAUGAACUUGAUUAUAAUACGCUCUUUAACUUAAAUGACGAACCCAUGAGUGAUUUAGAGUAUAUUAAAUUUAUUUUCGAACACGAACAUUUCCAAUAUUACAUGAAACCAGUUCCCCAAGUAUAUAUAAAUUUCUUGCAGAAUAUUUUAUUCUCUGGGAAUCGUGAAAUUGAGAAAUAUUUUAAAACAAGACCAAUAAUCCCUAAUAAUUCACUCAAUGCUUUGGUGAAGGCUAGUGAUUUAUAUGAUAGAUCAGUUCCUUUGUUCAACAAAGUUUUCGAAGAUACUGAAAAACUUAUACCAACAGAAUUACAUGACAUCGUUUUUCUUGAAGCUCUUGGAAGAAUUGGCCUUAAGCGUCAUGUGAAUGAUAAUACUUUCAUUGAAUGCGUACAAGAGAUUGAAUCACAAAUCCGACGAGGUAAAUCUUUGAUUAUAGUUAAAGAUCGAGCAACGUAUGUAGUAGAGUAUUUAUAUAUGCACUUUGAGAAACUAAGUUUCCCAAAAGUUCAAUGGGAAAAAAUUAAAAAUAUUAAAUUCAUCCCAUCAGAAAAUCUUCAAAAUUCAUUUUAUGAGGAGGCGAAAGAAACUUUGGGAUUUGAAAGUUUUGCGGUACUUUGCUCACAGAGAUAUAAGGAAGUGUGUUGGACACAAAGACCUUUAUUUGAACAAACCGUUGAGCCCACUCAUUUUUUCAAUAAACGUUUUCCAGAAAUUGGACAUCCAUCUAUUGAUGACAUCAUUGAACAUUGGUUCAUCGUUGUGGAUAAUAUACCCAAAUCAAAGUUAUGGAGAUCUCGCGAAAGGUAUAGAGAAGAGGUAAAACGUAUAAUCAAAGAAAUUUAUAAAGUUAUGAAUAUGUAUUCACAAGUUAAAAGAGAAGAAGAGUAUAUCAAAUCGAAAAUUAAUGUUCAUGAGAAGAAGCUAUUCUUGAAUGGGGAAGAUGCAUUUAAUGUAAAAAAUUGGGUAGAAGGAAAGAAACUUGCAUUUAAUUUACAAGACAAUAAUAAAGGGGGAACUCAUGAAAAAGUCGAAGAUUGUUUAAUGCCUUACAGGGAUUUAUUAAGGUGCGCUGGAGCCCUUGAGGAAAAAGUUAUAGACAUACCAAAUGAAAGGUUCAUAAAUGAUCAAAAAGACGUGUUACUUAACGCUUUAUUGGAUGAACUUGUAAGAUAUGAAAAUCAUGAUGUCAUUUUUAUUGUUGGUAAAGAGAGAGAGAGGAUUGGUGCUAGCAGAUAUGUGCUAUCGGCUGCAUCACCACAUUUCAAAAGAAUGUUUUAUGGUUUAGGUCAAUCAGAAACAAUUAAUAAACCAAUCGAAGUUCCAUUAAGUAUUGAGCCAGAUACGAUCAGGGUGCUUCUUCGUUGGCUAUACGGGCAACCUUUUGAAGAAGCAAAAAAGUCGGUUUUAACAGGAUUUUACUCAAAUGAUUUAUCAUUUCUUAUCAAUCUGUUAGAGGCAACUCAUUUGUAUCAAGUUGUUUCACUCAAAGAUAAAGUAGAAGAUACUAUUAUGGGAAGUCGACUUAUUAAUGUCCGUAACGCGUAUAACAUUUUAAAACAUUCAGAUAAACACAAUGCACAAGAAUUAAAGAAAUACUGUAGAAAGUAUAUUCAAGCAAAUAAGGAGCUUGUUAAAGAGCAGAUGAUACGCGACUCAAAAUCUUGA